CAGUGAAGGGCGUGGCUAACGAGUAGUCAGCUCCGCGUUGUGUACUGAUGUCCAUGUGACUUCUUCGUAAGUCUCCCAUCGUUUUCCUCGUAAUUUAUCUACUCUGGACAUUUAACUCCAAGCCUUCUCGGGACCUGCUUUCUCGCUCUUUUUUUUUUUUUUUUGUCUUUCUAUAAUUACGUGGCCAUGGCCUUCCUUGGGUGUGCGGUUCGGCGGUUGGCGUCGGCAGCGCGCCCCCAGCUCACCUCCCCUCUGUGCCGCACAAGUUGUCGGACCUACAGCUCGGAGCCUACCACAGAGAAGAGCGUCCCCUACGAGAAGACACUCAAACAAGAUGACGCAGCCGCAUCUGGGCCAACGAAACCUUUACCAAGGUCAGCAGAUGUGGUGGUGAUCGGCGGAGGUAGUCUGGGCUGUCAGACGGUCUACCACCUCGCUAAAAUGGGCAUGAGUAAUGUGGUUCUGCUGGAGAGGGACCGACUGACUGCCGGUACCACCUGGCACACAGCAGGCCUCCUGUGGCAGCUGCGCCCGAGUGACGUUGAGGUGGAGCUCCUGGCCCACACGCGGAACGUGAUCAGCAAAGACCUGGAGGAAGAAACGGGCCUCCACACCGGCUGGAUCCAGAACGGAGGACUUUUCAUCGCCUCCAACAAGCAGCGGCUGGACGAGUACAAGCGCCUCAUGUCGCUGGGUAAAGUGUACGGUAUAGAGUCUCACGUGCUGUCACCUGCUGAGACGAAGGACCUUUAUCCUCUAAUGAACGUUGACGACCUCUACGGGACACUUUACGUGCCCAAAGAUGGCACCAUGGACCCCGCGGGGACCUGCACCACCCUGAGCAGAGCGGCCUCUGCUCGGGGAGCGACGGUGAUUGAGAACUGCCCUGUCACUGGUAUCAAAGUGCGGGCGGAUGACCUCGGGGUAAAGAGGGUGAAAGCAGUGGAGACCCCGCACGGCACUAUCGAGACUCCAUGCGUGGUCAACUGUGCAGGAGUGUGGGCCACCAAGUUGGGGGAAAUGGCUGGAGUGAAGGUGCCCCUCAUUGCCAUGCAUCACGCCUACGUGGUGACAGAGAGGAUUGAGGGCAUUCAGAAUAUGCCAAAUGUAAGGGACCACGAUGCAUCGGUGUACCUGCGCCUGCAAGGGGACGCCCUGUCCGUGGGUGGCUACGAAGCAAACCCGAUCUUUUGGGAAGAGGUUUCGGACAAGUUUGCCUUUAGCCUGUUUGACUUGGACUGGGACGUAUUCAUGCAACAUAUCGAGGGCGCCAUCAACAGAGUACCCGUUUUAGAGCAGACUGGUAUUAAAUCCACUGUCUGUGGCCCAGAAUCCUUCACAGCAGACCAUAAGCCGCUAAUGGGAGAGGCUCCGGAGGUCAGAGGUUUCUUUUUGGGCUGCGGUUUCAACAGCGCCGGUAUGAUGCUGGGAGGUGGCUGCGGUCGCGAGCUCGCGCAUUGGAUUAUCCACGGCCGCCCUGAGAAGGACAUGUAUGGAUACGACAUCAGGCGCUUCCAUAGCUCGCUGACGGACAACCAACGCUGGAUCCGAGAGCGCAGUCACGAGUCUUACGCCAAGAAUUACUCGGUGGUGUUCCCGUUUGAUGAGCCGCUGGCCAGCAGAAACAUGAGGAAGGAUCCGUUCCACCAGGUGCUGACAGAGCAGGGCUGCGUAUUCCAGGAGAGACAUGGCUGGGAGAGACCUGGCUGGUUCACCAAGGACGGACAAGCUCCUGUUAAAGACUACGAUUACUACGGCGCCUACGACAUCAAGAGGAAUCAGCAGUACAAAUACAACGAGCUGCUGGGCAAAGAGUACACCUUUGACUUCCCCCCGCAUCAUGACGUGAUAAAGAGCGAGUGCCUGUCAUGCAGGCACGGCGUGGCCGUGUUUGACAUGUCCUACUUCGGAAAGUUCUAUCUCACCGGUCCCGAUGCCAAGAAAGCAGCCGAUUGGCUGUUCACCGCCGAUGUCAACAAGAAGCCAGGUUCCACCGUGUACACGUGCAUGCUGAAUUCAAGAGGAGGGACGGAAGCUGACCUGACAGUGAGCAGACUGGAGUCCGGAGCUGCCAACCUCCCGCUGGCACCCGAGUCCGAUGGUGAUGCGUACUACCUGGCCAUCGGAGGCGGUGUUGCCGAGCACAACUGGAACCACAUUCGAACGGUGAUCCAGGACCAGGGCUUCCGCUGCCAGCUGACGGACCACUCGGAGGACAUGGGCAUGAUCAGCAUCCAGGGACCAAAGAGUCGGGAGGUGCUACAAGAGGUGUUGGACGCAGACCUCAGCAACGACGCCUUCCCUUUUUCCACCCACAAAGUUGUCACCGCCGCCGGCCAUCAGGUGCGUGCGAUGCGUCUGUCCUUUGUCGGGGAGAUGGGCUGGGAGCUCCAUGUUCCCAAAGGCUCCUGCCUUUCCGUCUACCACGCCGUCAUGGCCGCCGGCGCCAAGCACGGCAUCAUCAAUUCAGGCUACAGGGCCAUCGACUCGCUCAGUAUCGAGAAAGGUUACCGCCACUGGCACGCCGACCUUCGCCCGGAUGAUACGCCCCUGGAGGCGGGGCUAGCCUUCACCUGCAAGUUGAAAGGCUCCAUCCCUUUCCAGGGUCGGCAUCGGCUGGAGAAGCAGAAGGAGGAAGGCCUGAGGAGACGCAUCGUCUCCUUCACCAUUGACGAGAAAGUACCAAUGUUCGGCCUGGAGGCAAUCUUCCGUAACGGCGUCCCCGUUGGCCACUUGCGGCGUGCUGACUAUGGAUUCUACAUCGACAAGACAAUCGGUUACGGAUACAUCCGUAAUCCAGACGGAGGAGUGGUGAGCACCGAUUUCGUCAAGAGUGGCGAGUUCACCUUGGAGAGGAUGGGAGUGACGUACAAGGCCAAGGCCCACCUCAGAUCUCCGUUCGACCCCGAGAACAAGCGCGUGAAGGGCAUCUACGAUUGACGCGGACCUUCACCCGGAGUGAAAACCUCCCCCGCUCGGUGCUGAGAUGAGCUCCGGUUGUUUGGCACGCUGGCGCAAGAUUUCAAUCGUCUCAGGCAAAUACGGAACAUUUAUUCAUGCUGUGACCGGAUGGGGAUUUGGUGUGGGCUUGAUUAUUCACGUAUACGGGGAGGUUCUGAUACGAAAACGAAUCUCGUUUGAGUGAGGUGUGGCCAAAGGUCCUUUCCGCCCUCGGCUGUAUGUGUCGCUGCUCGCGGUGAAUAGUGAGUUGACUCGUUCAAUUAUCUUCAGUAAUUGUUUCUAAAUCAAUCGGGCUAGAGAAUUGAUCUGGAAGGAUGAAAUUGACCGCACGGAAUUUGAGACGUUUAGUGUUUCCCCCUCGCUAGCUACCGCAAGACUUAGCCCCGCUAAGCCGCUAUGGCAGCGCCUCAAUUAGACACUGGCAUCAAUCAUUUGUUGAUUCAUUUGCAUCGGAAGCAGUUCGGUUCAUAGCUUUUAGCAGAAAUGUUUUUUUACAUUUACCUUCAUAAAAAUGCCAAUAUAUACAUAGAUUUUUUUUUUAAACCGGUAAUUGUUUUGACUCAGGGCAUUUGUAAAUUUAUCUUGCCUUUUAUGCACUGUGGGAAAUAUUAUUAUUAUUAUUCUGUGAUUUACUAAGACACUGAGUGCACACGCUAAACUGUAAUAGCCUUAAAAUGUGACAAAAAUAGUGUUUUUAUUUUAUUUGGGGGGGGGGGGCAAACACAGCGGCGUCCGCAACGAUAACAAUUGAUCAUAUAAUCUACGACAAGAUGUACCCUUCUCCUUCUAACAAAGGCCAAAUGAAAUCAAAAUGGCUUUGAAGCUAAACGUAUGACAGCUUGUUGCCUCGCAUUCUCAAUUUGGAGGUCACGAAUGAUAUCUGUUCUCAGUCAAGUGGGCAAUUUUAGGUUCCGCGUGGCAGGAUCCUCCAAAAGUACAUACAGUAGAACAUUGCUAACCUUGUUUCUCAGCUCAUUCUAUGCGGUCUUACGGUAUUAGAUUCUCCAGUUAGACACCACCAUCCCCGAAGGCACUUUAAGUCACAUUACAGAUGACUGAUGUCUAUUAUAAGAAUCAUGACCUAUGAAGAAGAAAAAAAAAAAUCCUUGUGCAGGAUGACUUCAAUGACAUUGAGCUCAAAGACAAAAUCUGAAAAAAAAUAAAUGUCCCCACCUUGAGACAGCGCCUUUUGGUGCAGUCAUCAUUACUUGAUGUUUACCGUUCAGAAAUUAGUCAGAGCCACCUUUCUGUUCGCCGAAGCACCUCUUUGUCUCAUUACGUGUCCAAAUUGUUGGUUGAGAAACACAAAUGAAAUUGUGGCGCGUUGGGAUCAUUUGCUCGAGGGCCAAGCUGCUUCCGUGACUGUGUAGCCGAUGUUUUCAAUAACAUUUUAACUUUCUUAGCGUCUGCUUACGGUGAAAAGAAGUCAAAAGCUAUUUCGUAAAACAU